CCGGGGAGGACUAGGUGCAGAGGCUUCUUGCUCCAGUGUAGCUCCUCUGGGCCAUGAGCGCUGUGUGCGGCGCUGCGGGACAAAGAAUUAGGCUUCUAGAAGAGAAGGAGGGCGCGAGCUCGGGGUUCGGGGCGGCGGUCAGACGCCACACUUCGGCGCGGAGAUGAAAAAUGGCAAGUCCAGAUCCAUCUGUACAGAAGAUACUAAAAGCUAAAAAGACCAUGCCUACAAGUUGCCGGAAACAAAUACAUGUAUUGAAUAAAUCAGGAAAUAUUGAAGCACUGGAAGCAGUAGAUGAGAAUAAUGUACAUAGUGGAAAUCAGCAGUUAAGUACUGAUAUCAUGCAUAGGAAAGGUGAAAAUUCUGACAUGACAUGUUUCUUACUGGACUCAAGGAGAAAAACCAUACUUCCUCAGAAAAAUGAAUCAUUUCCUCAAAAUUUAGCAGUAUCACCAAAAACAGUAAAGAGUAACUCAAAGUUGAACUUUGUCAAUGAACAAGUUAUUGAUCCAACCAGCAGCCAAGGUAAAACAGAAUAUCCUUGCAAGAAGCUUUUUAUACAAGACUCAAGUGACUCACGGCAAACUUCAUGUGUUUCUGAACACAAAACAAAUGAAAAAAGAUUUUCAUUUGAGCAAACUAAGGUUGAUUUGAAUCUAAAAUCAAGCAGCAGUCCAUCUGGCUCAUUGAAUGGUUUAAUUGACAAGUCAGAUUACAUAUUAGGUAGUAAUGUAGAAAAACCUUUUAAUGGUAUUGGGAAUAGUAAAAAAAAUAAUGAGGUAGGUCCCAGGUUAGAAGUGACUUCACAGUCAGAAUCAUGUGUCUCACAACAAAGUGAAGCCAUUUCAGUUUUAAGUUCAAACCCUCAUCUUAUGACUAACAAGACAUCUGAUUUGAAAAGAUCAGUUCAGGCCAAGAAGGAUACAAGUGAUUUUUUGAAGAUACAAGAAUAUACUCAAACUGAUCAUAAAAGUACUUUAGACUGUGGAAAUAAAGUCUCAACAUGGCAUUCAUCAUUUGACACUAAUAGCAGCACCUCAAAGAAAAGGGUACUUUCAGGAAACAAAGAGAAUAUAAAGCGCCUGAAAACUUCAAAUGAAAUUAGUGAGAACAUUUGUAUUGUGGAAAAAGAAAGUUCAUUGUUUGAACAGGUUAAAUGCUUGAUUCGACAGGAAGUCUGCAUUGUAAAUUACAAAGUAUUUGACUAUAAGCUGAAGGAACUAAAUGAACGAGUUGACAAGACCCAGUGCAGAAAAAGGCAUGAAGCAAUAGCUAUCGAACUUCUUAGAAAAAUAUCAAAACUUGAUAGAUGUAUUAAAACUGCAUUAACAUUUCAAAGGACUGGAUUAAAAUCAGAUAUGCCAGCCCAAAAUAUGGCCUGUAAGCAGGUCACAAAUUCUAAGACUGUCAUAUUGAAUAAGAAGGAAGGGGCUGAGAGAGACAGCCCAAAUAUGACAUUGACUUCUUUGAACAAUAAAUCAUCCAGAACUUCAGAAAUCUCUAUUAAUGAAGAAAAGCAAAAGAAUAAUUUGACUUCGGAUUGUGUUGAAGUUGUGUCUGAAAGUAAUAAUGCUGAUGUUAUGCUGAUUUCUGAAGAAAAUGGUCAUUUGAUGAAAGUUCCACUAACAAGCACCACAGAUAUUGACAAAAUGACACUGGCGAAUUCAAAUGAUUCACUUGUUUCUGAAACUAUAUCUAAGGCUUCAUGGGAAAGAAUAAAACUUGACAAUAUGGUGAUUGACCUGACAGAAGAAGACAACUUAAAUUGUAAAAUAGCAACUUCAGUGGAAGUUCUGGAAUUGCCUGUGGCAAUAAGUGAAAACUUGAAGGAGAAGAACCUAGUGGAACAAGAUUCAACACAGGUACUGGAAUCAUUUGAGGACCUUCCUUCACUACCAGAGCUACCCCAACAACCUGUUUUCAUAGUUUCCAGUGACACUCUUCCUCCCCAGAAGUUUGAGCUAAGACUGAAGCGGGUACUUAAGCCAAAAGGCAUAGCAUUGACUUGGAACACUUCUCAUAUUAAUCCCAGGUGUGCCCCUGUGGAAAGCUAUCACCUCUAUGUAUGCCACAACAACACCAUUACCAAGAGCAAAACAACUUGGAAGAAAAUAGGAGAAAUUAAAGCUUUGCCUCUCCCAAUGGCCUGUACUUUGUCUCAGUUCUUGUCUUCUGGCAUAUAUUAUUUUACUCUACACGCAAGAGAUAUUUAUGGAAGAUAUGGACCUUUUUGUGAUAUAAAAUACGUCCAUGGAUUCUCUGAAGAUAAUAUUAAGGAAUCACAAGUUCUUUGUACCUAAAAAAUAUUUCAUAAGAAGCUAGGCCAUUUCACAUCUAAAUUGUUUGUCCUUACACAUCAGUAUUCUAAUGGUGGCCUAAAAGUACCGUCCAGUUCCUAAUUGUGAACCUCUAUACAGGAAUUAUCUUCUCCAGUGCUUUGUAAAGGGCUCAGUCUGUGACUGAUGUUCAACAGUGCAUCUUCUGAGAGGAGAAAAUGACAUAUGUGAGGUAUAUACUAAAGAUAAUGCAUUUUCCUUGUUGAUAGCUUUUGGUGGUAUGUAUAUAUGUGAGAGCUGACUAGUUAAAAAAAUGUUUAGUCAUAGAAUUAAAAUAGAACUUCUUACAAUUCGUUUCCAUUAAAGUUUUCUUAAAAUGCAUUUAUGUUACAUGGAGUGCUACUUUUGUCUUAUAAGCUGAAUAUGUGUUAAACUUUUUCUUUUUUGGCUGUGCUAAUAAUUAUAUCAGGAAAUUAUUAGGAGGGAUUUUUGUAAAUGUCUAUAUUUGGGUACAAUACAAAUUAUUAAACUUUGCAUUGUAUACACAAAACAUAAUGCACCUUUAUAAGUUUGGAACACCCAAUCUAAUUCUUGCUUCUUGUUAAAUUUGGUUCCAGAAUUAGAAUUCUAGGAUUGUUUGGAUCCUGGCUUUCAAUCUUAGACUAUAUUUUUUCCUGUAACCCUAAAGCCACCUCUAUUCUGAUUUUCUUGCUGCCAAGUUUGCUUAAUAUAAGCAAACCAAAUACAGCUGAAAGAAUGGUCCACCACAACCCUAACAGAUCAAGGUUGUGAGCCACAGAAAUCUUUAGAUCAGUGAAUUUGAGAAGAAAUAUCUUGGGUUCUUUGGUUGCCCUGAAAAUUUUGGAUAAAAUAUAUUAAUUAUAGUUCUUUCAACAAACAUUACUUAAAGGAAAUUUUGCCAUCUGGCUUUAGUUAUGUUCACCAAUAAAGAUAUCCUACCAUUAUUUGUUUCUAGACCUUUGUUAAGUGAAUUGUGCCUUUCCGGGAAUGAGGCCUCUUGGGAAAAGGCUAUUCUGGACUUAAAUAUAAACAAUUCAUGUUAUUAUGCCUCUGAGUAGUUAAAAGCAGUUUACAUACAAUAUUUCCAUUCAUCUUCACAGACAUGUUAGGUAAACAUUUCAGAAUUUCUCAUGUUAUAGGUGAGAAACGGGCCAAGUGAUGAGAGGUGACUUGCCCAAGGUGGUGGAGGCAGUAGGAGAUCUGGGAAUCUCUGGCUUCUAACUCCCCUACAGCAUCCUAAAC